GCAUGGUUCCAGGCAGAAAUAUAAAGUGCAUGAGAUUCUGGUGAUGGAAGGCUUAAGUACUUUUGUGAGCCACCUCUCCAUCAUACAUAGCACGAGAACAAGCUGUGUUAAACCAAGGUUUGGAAGGUUUAGGUCAAGAAAAAGAGUGAGUGAUAGUGUCUCCAUGCCAGACACUAUCACCUCUGUUAUGCGCUCAGCACACAAAGACGGGUCUCUGACAUGGAAGCAGUAGUCAUUCCAAGGAAAAUCAGCAAAAUACCUCCUCAGGUCCCCCCAACUAGCAAAGGCAAAACGCCAGAGGCACCUUCGCUUAGGGGGAUCCUGAGGAGGGAUUGGAGCGAUAGGACAAGAUACAGAUAUGAGAUUGUGAUCAAAGGAGCCCAAUGGAGAUGAAAGAGUGACAGCAUAAGCAGAAAGAUUAGAGGUCAGGAAAAGGUCAAGAAUGUUGGGUGUAUCUCCAAGACGGUCAGGAAUACGAGUAGGGUGUUGCACCAAUUGCUAGGUUGUGGAGGAUAGCAAAGUUGAAGGCUAGUUCACCAGGAUGGUCAGUGAAGGGAGAGGAAAGCCAAAGCCGGUGGUCACUGAAGUCUCCAAGAAUGGAGAUCUCUGCAAAAGGGAAGAGGGUCAGAAUGUGCUCCACUUUGGAAGUUAAGUAGUCAAAGAAAUUCUUAUAGUCAGAGGACUGUGUGUGUGUGUGUGUGUGUGUGUGUGUGUGUGUGUGUGUGUGUGUGUGUGUGUGUGUGUGUGUGUGUGAGAGAGUGAUUGAGCGGUCGUGUUUGUGUGUGUGUGUGUGUGUGUGUGUGUGUGUGAGUGAGUGAGUGAGUGUUGUAAAAUAAUUUACGAAGACCACAAAACAAUCUUACCAUAAAUGCAAAUGUCCUCUGAAGGUGAGGGCGUGGUGUCACUGGGAGCUCUGGUGUUGCACCCUGCAAUGCUGGUGGCAAGGGUGGAGUGGCAGCCCUCAGUGGUGUUACGGCUGGUGGUGGCAUGAGUUCACUCUCAGACUGGUGGAAUAUAAUUAUAUUGAAUGGAGCAUGAAACUGUUGUAAAAACAAAGCCAUAAACUUACCUAUAAUAUUUUAGGAUGACUUGGGUCAAAGUCAUGUCCUGAUAUAAUCAAUUUCUUAACCCGUAAAUACCGAGGAGCCGCCCGGGAGGCUGGACCGUGGAGAACCGAGGAGCCGCCCGGGCGGCAUUAUGUUCGACCCCACACAAAAACUGCGCCAGACUUGGCAACACUUUCAAACUUGAUGUAGGAGGUAGCCCUACUAUGGAACACUGUCUCCAGUAUGAUAAGUUGCCAGUUAGUGCUUUCAAGUGUGCAUGAGCAUCAGUCACUAUUAGCCUCUUGACAGGGCCAAUCUACACACUGCAUUGUCUCGUUUCUUGUGGUUUAACUGAACUAUAUUGAGACCUAGAAACUCAAUAAUGCCACGAAAAGCUAAGAGAAAGUUGACAUUUUCGAGUGACAUUGAAUCUGAUGCUCCAGCAACAAAGAAAGUUUGUGAAAUUGAUGAGGGUAGUGAAAAUGGAGGCAUCGUGGGUGGUCGCUCUCGCACUCGCUCUCCUGUUACCUGAUCAGGUGCUAAUCCACCACCACCACCACCACGAUCACAGCCAUCUUCAACCAGUGAUAGUGACAGAAGAAAGGGUGGAGUAAAAAAAGGAAAGGGUAAACAUGUCCCAGUGAAACAACCAGCUGCCCCUGUAGAGUACUGGAGGGUCUGUGCGCCAGUCGGGUCUGUGCGCUAAGCCCCGCGUUAAAUCUCAUAACACACAAACAGAGUGUUUAAAUGGCGGGCCGUAGUUCAAAUUUUCUCGCCAGUACCGUUCCAGUGUUGUGUUUGCGCCAGGGAGAGAGAGGCAGUGCGUCUUCCGCUAUACUGAGCCCUUGCUGAAAUGGCAUCAACACAGCGGUACAAACAAGAACAAGUGGAGAAAGCUGUGGAGCUGGUAAGAUCUAAACAGAUGUCCCUGAAUGCCGCCUCCAAAACUUUUGGUAUCCCUUACGCCACCCUUGGGGAUAAGGUCAGGGGAAGAAGACCUAUGCAGCCUGCUCCCAAAACAGUUCUGUCAAUGGAAGAGGAGAAGAAGCUAGUAGAUUGGCUGAUUGAAGUGCCUCAACGAGGUUUUGGACGGACCAAAGAUGACCUCAAAGACAUGGUGAAAACCAUUCUCGAUGAUAGGGAAGAGAGGACUGUCUUCAAAAACAACCGCCCUGGAAAGGAUUGGAUGCGAGCCUUUUUCAAGAGGCAUCCAGAGAUACGGGAAAGAAUUGGACAACCACUUGGCCGUGAGAGAGCAAUUGUGACAAAGGAUGCUCUAGGUGAAUGGUUUCAGCAAAUGAAACAUUACCUGGACACCAUCGAUCCCACUUUGUUGACCUCUCCUGACCGGAUCUUUAAUGCUGAUGAAAGUGGUUUUAAUAUACGAGUAUGUCCAAAGACAAAGAGAAUCAUCAGCAUGACAGGAGCAAAACACGUUUACUCUGUCACAAGUGGCACACGGCAGCAAGUGACAAUGUUGGCCUGCUCCUCUGCCAUGGGGCAGUACCUUCCACCGCUGCUGAUAUUUCCCUACACCAGAGAUCCUCGCUUCAAUGCGUUGGAAGGUUUUGAAGAGGCUUUUUUUAAAAAAACUCCAAAUGGUUGGAUCACUGAGGUGGUCUUUCUUAGCUUUCUGAGGGACAUCUUCAUUCCCAAAUUGGGAGAAAAGCGACCAGUGGUGCUGUUUGUGGAUGGCCAUUCCAGCCAUCAUUCCCUGGCAAUCAGCACGCUGUGUAACGAAAAUGGUGUCAUCCUUUACUGCCUGAAGGCGCAUGCCAGUCACCUUAUCCAGCCACUGGAUCAAGCUUUCUUUGGGGCAAUCAAACUAGCAUGGAGUGAAGCCGUCAGAAAGUUUCAGUACCAAACUGGAGAGAGUGUCACCAUGUGCACGUUUGCCCGCACACUAAAGAAAGCUUGGGACACUACAGCACGACCAGAGCUUGCUUACAAGGGAUUUGUUAAGUCUGGGAUCUAUCCUUUUAACCCUGAGGUUGUACUCAACUCAGACAAGCUGAAGCCAAGCUGCAGUUUCUCCAGCGCUGCUCCAGUCACUCUCCCUACCUCAGCAUCUUUUGGCAUCACUGCUCUUCCCGCAUGUACCCCAACAAUCUCAACCUCUGUUCCUUCUGCUUCACCAGCAGCCAAAUCCAAGUUCCCUGGGCCAGAACAAAGAACUCCCACUCUCUCAGCAUUCUCCAACAUUUUUGAGCUGAUGAAGCUGAGCCUGUCAUUAGGGGAAGGAACAACUCUAAAAUUCAUGAAGCGGUACGAGGAGCGAUACGACAUGGAUGACCCACCCUAUGAAGACUGGAAGGUGUUGUUGGAGAAAACCUUACAGCCUGCCUCACAGUCCCUGCCUUCCACAUCCCAGCCUGCCUCACAACCCCUGCCUUCCACAUACCAGGCUGCCUCACAAACCCUGCCUUCCACAUCCCAGCCUGCCUCACAACCCCUGCUUUACACAUCCCAGCCUGCCUCACAACCCCUGCCUUCCACAUCCCAGCCUGCCUCACAACCCCUGCCUUCCACAUCCCAGCCUGCCUCACAACCCCUGCCUUACACAUCCCAGCCUGCCUCACAACCCUUGCCUUCCACAUCCCAGCCUGCUCCACAACCCCUGCCUUACACAUCCCAGCCUGCUCCACAACCUCUGCCUUCUACAAAGAAAAAUUCCAAAACGAUUGAUGAUUACCUCACGCUGCCCUCAUUCCCGAAGAAAAAAGGAUUAAAAAAGACCAUCGCAGUAUUGCCAUGCUCAAUAAGCGGUGUUGAGUACCGGCAAAUGAUUGAAGAGAAACAGAGAAAGAAACGAGAUGAGGAGAGGGAGAAAAUGGAAAGAAAAAGAAAGAGAGAAGAGAGAAAAAAAUUAAAGAACAAGAAGCUGAAGCAAAGAGAAAGAGAAUGGAGGAAAAAAGGCAGAAGGAAAACAACAGGAAAGAAAAAGAAAAGAGAAAAAGGAAAGAAAAACGAUUCAGGACACUUCAGUAUGUUUCCCUAAAGCAGAAAGACAAGGAAACAAACUUCAGAGAGUGUGGAUGAGCCAGUCUUGGAUGAUGUAAUUGAUGAUAUGAACGAGCUCUGUGGAAAAUGUCAAUGUGAAACAAAAGGAAAGUUAAGGAUAAAAUGUGUAUUGUGUGACAGCUGGUGGCAUGCAGAAUGUCUGAGUGAGAUGAAUUUGAGUGAAAAGUCUCAGGAGGACAUUGAUACAAUGGAUACUGAGUUUUUUUGUAAUAAAUGUAAUUAGGCUAUUUUGAUACUGUUGAAUGAUUUUUUUCACGGAGUAUUCUUAAGAUUUUCGUUUCGAUUUCUGAAAGGCAUUUAUUUGUUAUUUUGACACUGUUAAAUGAAACAUUUCACGGAAUAUUCUUAAGAUUUUCGUUUUUAACUCUGUGAGACAUUUAUUUGUUAUUUUGAUACUGGUAAAUGAAACUUUUCCCGGAGUAUUGUUAAGAUUUUUGUUUUGAACUCUGUGGGACAUUUAUUUGUUUAUGAUAUUCAUAACUAAAGCACAGUUUUUAUGUUUGUCAAUACACUAUUUUAAAAAAUAAAAAAAAGUUAAUU